AUGGUAUUCCAUGUGUCUAUGCUGAAAAAGUUUCAUUCUAGUGGUUUCUAUAUAGUUCGUUGGGAUUCUGUGUUGCUUGAUGAGAAUCUGUCUUAUGAGGAGGAGCCUAUAUCGAUUCUGGAUAGGCAUGUUAGAAAUCAGAGGUCGAAAGGGAUUACUCCGAUCAAAGUUCAGUGGAAGCAUCAUCCCGUUGAGGAGGCUACUUGGGAGACCGAGUCUGAUAUGUGCGAGAGAUAUUCCAGUUGUUCGCUGAUUCAGAUUUUGAGUACUUGGAGGUGUUACGGAAAGGCAAGGCCAAAGUGUGAUAGUUCGAGGCUCCUGUUCGGCUUUUCAGGCAAUAUGGAUGAGGAAGGUAUCCAGGUCCAAAAUCCACCAGUAGCGGUUGGUGAAGAAGCUGUGGGGGCAGGCUAUGCAUCUGCAAUUCAGCCCCCGCCUUUAAUUGGAAAUUCGAGUUUCCAUAUAACCAACACAAUGUUGCACCUGCUUAACACUAAGGGCCUGUUCGGUGGUCUACCCAAAGAUGACCCGAAUAGGAACCUUAGGAACUUUCUUGGGAAAGGCUCACUCCCUAGUGACACAGUUGCAAAUCCAAGGAACGAUGGUGAACAUAAAUGCAAUGCAAUUACCACUAGGAGUGGCAAAACAAUUGGGGAAAAGGUGUUGGCCAAAGAGAAUGUGUUGGGUGAUGAAGAGGAAAUGGUUGAAGAACCCAUGGUUAUUGAAGAAGAAGCAAAUCCAAAGAAUAUGCGGGCUGGUAUUGAAAAGCCCAUCGUUAUCGAGGACCUUCCAGAAAUCAAUGAUGCCUCGGAAAGCAAGGAAGCGGCGGAGGAGGUACCAAAGGGUUCACCGCCCGUUAUGAAGCCUCCCCCUCCUUUUCCCCAACAAUUGACAAAGCAAGCGGAAGAUGGAAAAUUCCUCAAGAAAAUGAUCAGAUUUGGCAUGACAGCAGUUAAAGAUGCAAAAUCAGGGCGUAAACUUGUCUUUUGCUUAAUUCAUCACACCUUGUCUGCUACUUGCGUAAAUAAGGUGAUCAUGAAUCGACAUCAGCAAAAUCAACGAGCUGACAACCAAGGAAAUGUGGUGAACAAUCAGGCGAAUGAACCAGUUGAUGAAAAUAUUUUCGCUGAAUUUGUUCCGGAGGAAGACUAUGCAUCUCCUAUUAUUCAGCCUCGAUUUGGAGCCACUACUGUAAAUGUUUGUGAAGAUAAUACAGUCUUGCCACAAGGGAUGUACCAUGCUCAAGAUGGUCCGCUCCUCGAGGGGCCAUCUAGGCAGGUUGAAGAUGCCAACUAUGUUAACAACCCUCAAGGGGGUUAUCAAAGACAGAAUUACCAAGGUGGCUAUCAGAGUCAAAAUCAAUGGAGACCGCAGCAAGGCCAAGGCCAAGGUGCUUACAAUAAUUCUGAGCAAGGUAGUUCGAAGGUUGAAGCAAUGCUUGAGCAGAUUUUGGCAAAUCAAUCUAAGUCUGACAGAACUUUAUCUGGGCUGACAGAAACAUCUGAAGCACCCAUUACUGCUGAUGAGAUUCCUGCUGACAAGAAGGUUCCUGAAAUUCCAGAUAUAGUGACGGAAGCUGAUAACACAGUAGAGUUCCAAAUGGAAGAAGAGAACUUGGGUGAGGCAUUGGCUGGGAUUCUGAUGAAUUUCGAUGCUGAAGAUAUGAAAGACUAUGAGGAAACACCUUCAAUCAUUGAGCCGCCUAGAUUGGAGCUUAAGCAGCUCCCAUCACACUUGAGAUAUGAAUUCCUUGGUCCCGACAACACAUUACCAGUGAUUGUGUCAGUUUCAUUGACUGAGGAGCAGAUUGUGCAACUUUUGGAGGUAUUAAGAGAGUAUAGGCGUGCUAUUGGUUGGACCAUAGCAGAUAUUCGAGGUAUCCCAUCUGGGAUCUGUGAGCACAAAAUCCAGUUGGAGGAUGGCAGCAAACCAAGUGUAGAGCAUCAGAGGCGACUAAACGAGAACAUGCAAGAGGUUGUCAAGAAAGAGAUAAUCAAAUGGCUAGAUGCAGGCGUGGUUUUCCCUAUUGCUGAUAGUAAAUGGGUGAGCCCGGUCCAAUGUGUUCCUAAGAAAGGCGGCAUCACUUUUGUACCGAAUGAUAAGAAUGAGUUGAUCCCGACCAGAACUGUCACAGGUUGGAGAGUUUGCAUGGAUUAUCGCAAGCUCAACACAGCCACGAGCAAAGACCAUUUCCCUAUGCCCUUCAUUGAUCAGAUGUUGGAUAGACUAGCAGGGCGUUCUUAUUAUUGUUUCCUCGAUGGUUAUUCAGGUUACAAUCAGAUCAACAUUGCUCUGGAAGAUCAGGAGAAAACCACGUUCACUUGUCCUUAUGGGACAUUUGCAUUCAGCCGGAUGCCUUUUGGUUUGUGUAAUGCACCAGCGACUUUUCAGAGGUGCAUGAUGUCAAUCUUCUCCGACAUGGUGGAGGAUUUCUUGGAGGUGUUCGUGGAUGAUUUUUCCGUGGUGGGUGACUCAUUCGAUGAUUGUCUUGGCCAUCUGGGUCAAGUGCUAAAAAGGGGAAUCGAGGUCGAUCAAGCAAAAAUUUAUGUGAUUUCCAAACUUCCUCCACCUAUAUCAGUAAAAGGUGUUCGCAGUUUCUUGGGGCAUGCUGGGUUCUACAGGCGCUUCAUCAAAGAUUUCUCUAAGGUUGCAAAUCCUUUGUGCAAGCUUCUUGAAAAAGAGGCUAAAUUUGUGUUUGAUGAGAAGUGCCAGAAGGCGUUUGAAGAGUUAAAAGUGCGUCUCACUACUGCUCCUAUUAUUAUUUCUCCUGACUGGUCCCUACCAUUCGAACUGAUGUGUGAUGCUAGUGGUUUAGCAAUAGGUGCUGUGCUUGGGCAGAGGCACAAUAAAAUUAUGCACCCGAUCUAUUAUGCUAGCAGAACGCCGAAUGCUACACAAAUGAAUUACACAGUGACGGAGCAAGAGCUGCUUGCCAUUGUGUUUGCUUUCGAAAAAUUUCGGGCCUACUUGUUGGGGUCCAAAGUUGUGGUUUAUACUGAUCAUGCAGCCUUGAGAUACCUCAUGGCAAAGAAGGAAGCAAAGCCGCGACUGAUCAGAUGGGUGCUACUGCUGCAAGAGUUCUAUUUUGAGGUAAAAGACCGAAAGGGCACUGAAAACCAGGUGGCUGACCAUCUCUCUCGGCUUGAAGAAGUUGAGAGACCAUCUGAUGAGCUUGAUAUAGAUGAUGCGUUUCCAGAUGAGAGGGUGUUGGCAGUGUCAAAGGAGGUAGCACCAUGGUAUGCUGAUUUUGCAAACUAUUUGGUAACAGGUAUAGUUCCCGAUGAUAUCAAAACUUACCAAAAGAAGAAAUUCUUGCGGGAUGCUCGGCAGUAUUAUUGGGACGAGCCUUAUUUGUUCCGCACAUGCGCUGAUAACAUCAUUCGGCGUUGUGUCUCAGAAAGUGAAGUCUGUGAUCAGUGUCAAAGGCAAGGGAAUAUAGGCAGAAGGCAAGAGAUGCCUAUGAAUUUUGUUUUGGAGGUGAAAGUGUUCGAUUGCUGGGGAAUCGACUUUAUGGGACCGUUUGUGAGUUCUGGUGGAAUGAAAUACAUCUUGGUAGCUGUGGAUUAUGUGUCCAAAUGGGUUGAGGCGGUGGCUUUACCCAAUAAUGAGGCCAAAAGUGUUAUGGGGUUCCUUAAGAAAAACAUAUUUACUCGUUUUGGUACUCCGAGGGCGAUAAUCAGCGAUGGUGGAUCCCACUUUUGCAAUAAAGCGUUUGCGGGACUGAUGGAGAAAUAUGGUGUGAAGCAUAGGGUGGCAACGCCUUAUCACCCUCAGACAAGUGGACAGGUUGAAGUGUCCAAUAGGGAAGGUAAUGGUUGUUUUGGUGCAGGAAUACAUGACAGAAAAAUUGUGCUGAAUUGCAGUAGUCACAUAGUUCUUCAUCAAAAAGGUAUGAUUGAUUUUCCUUAUUCUUCUACAUCUGUGAGUUUGAACUUAGUGGAAUGGGUCACAAAAGGAAAGCAACGAAAGAGGGGGCACACAGCACGGGCAACAGGAAGAAGGCGUGCUCGGGUUCCAGAUUAA